AUGGAUGAAGAACAAAAUGAUAUCGCGCCUUCUUUUACAGAACUAGGAAUGGAAGAAUAUGAUGAAACAAAUGAUAUUAUCCGUCAAAAUGUUCAAGAAUUAUGGGAAUUCUGGCAAAAAAAAGAAUGUACCUGUAGAAAAAGUAAAACCAAAAAAAAAACCUGUUAUGAAAAAAUAGGUUUUUAUUAUUUUUUUAAAAGGCAAGAAGAAUGUCAUGAUAUGUCUCAUAAUAAUUUAGAUACCUGGAUCAUGGGACAACUUGCGUCAUUUGCAUAUAAUAAACUACAAGAAUCUGAUAAUUUGAUAACAGAUAAUCGUAUUAAAUAUCAGUAUCGUUAUGAUGCCCAUCAUAUUAUGUGUUUAACCGCUUAUUUAAAAUUAACUGGAAUUUCUUCAUGUCGACUUGAUCGAAUCAAGUCACAUAUUAAAAAUAAUGGAAUAGUAGAAAUAAUUCAUGGCAACAUAGGACGUACUUCAAUUCGACCUGAUCGUGUUGUAAUUGAUAAUAAAAUGAAACAAGAUAUUAAUAACUACCUUCAUAAUUAUGCAAAUAUUUAUGGAUUUCCGUCACCAGGUCGAAAUAUGAAAAACGAUGUUAUGCCUAUUAUUUCUCUUCCAACGGAUAUGACAUACACUAGCCUUAAGCCAGCAUUCAUUGCUGCUGUAGCACCUUCGAUUUAUAAUAAAUAUGCAGUAAAUCAUCCAGUCAGGCUGGCAUGCUUAGCAAAACACUUAAUUAUUAACCCAAUUGCAAAUAUUAUCAUUUUGGCUUUCUUUUUGAAAAGAAAUAAAGGUGCUUCUAGACCUGUACAAGAUCUUACUAAUAGAUAA